AUGGGACCCGCCGCCGCUGCAGCCUCCAAGUCUUCGACCCGCUUUGCCACGCCACCCUCUGCCACUUCCGCCAGCUUCGAUGAGAUGCCUCUCUUCCCGCCCAAUUUGGCGGCUGGCGGCGCUCCUACGCGCAAGAUGGGCCGUCCGACCAUCUACCACUACCCGCGGUCCAAAUCAUCGUACGGCGCCAUCCGCCUGCUCGAGGCCUGCUCGCUCAAGCCCAUCAUCAUCGACAUCACCGUCGAUCCCCUCCUCCCGCGCGACGUAGAGCGAUUCAUGGCCGAAUUGGGCAUCGACGAUCCGCGCGACUUCAUGCGCACCAGCGAUCCGCUCUACGCCGAGCUCAACCUGCACGACCCCGCUCUCGGCCGCGACGCCCUCAUCCAGGCCAUCAUUGAUCAUCCGCGGCUCAUGAGGCGGCCCAUCGUCGAGCUGCCCUUCCGCGAGCAGGGCCAGCGCAGGCGCGCGCUCGUCAUCGCCCAACCGCCCCAGAAGCUCUUCGGCGUGAUCUUCAACGAGAGCGAGGAGGAGGCCCUCGGGCUCGCCACGCCUCGGCCGCUCGAGGAGACCGAAGCCGACCGCUGGGCGCGCCAAUGGAGCCAGGCCGAGGGCCAGUUCCAGAUCGACCCGGAGCAGGUCGCCCAGAUGCGCGCGCAGCUGGCUGACACGGAUGAAAGCUUUGAAUUCCCGGAGGAGACGGACGAGAUAGGCGAAGACGACGAGCUGCCGUUCGCGAUCGACGAUGACGUCGAGGCGGCGGUCAGCGACGACAUCGACGAGGCCGAGCUCCACCGAUUCCUGCGCGAGGAGGGCCUCGACGACGAGAUCAUCAUCGACCACACCACCACCGACGACAACGCCGUCGACGAGGCCGGCGAGACCCCCGACGCCGCCGCCGACCACCACCACCGCCAGAAGCAGCAGCGGCGCCGCAACGACGACGCCGACCCCGAGUUCGCGGCCAAGGUGAACGCCAUCAUUCUGGAGAUGGCCAAGAAGGCGGUCGAGGAGGAGGAGCGGGAGCCGCACAAGAAGCAGAAGCAGAGGGGCAACAAGCCGGGGCAGCCGCACGUGACGGCGGAGGAGAUGACGGAGCUCCUGGAGCGCAUCAUGGAGGUGGCCCCCCCGCCCCCGCGACAACGCCCUGGCCGACGGCGCCUGCCCAUCCCGCCCGCCCCCGCAGCCAGCAGCGAGCAAGAAUAA